AGAGAAGGAAGAAGUGGCAGUCUUCACCUUUGCGAACGGCCAGCAGAACCAAUUGGUUGGCGCUCUUAAUUCCACGCCACGAAUCGCAUUGCUUCCUCGCCUCUUUCCCAUGCAAAAAUCGUCGAAUAAUUUAAAGGAAAGCUCUAGAAGAAAAUUGUGAAGAAUAAUCUGUCCCAUAAAAUCGUUUCAAGUUCCCCACGUUUCAUGUAACUUUCUAUUUUGGUUCUUUCUUCCUGCAACACGACUCGAAGAUCAACAAGCAAUCCCAGCUGGAGAGUGCGGAUGGUAACCUCGAGACAGGGGCUGCCUUCAUGGAUAAGCGCCGCAGCGGCGACCCGAGUUGAUAUCGACGGAAACGUUGAGAAUAUGAUAAAAGACGGCCACGGCGAUUCUACAAGCCAACCGCAAAGCCAAAAGUCGUCAAAAGCUGUAACUGACGUGGAUUUGAGCUUCGGAGAGAGGGCUUUCUCUGCCGCCGGCGCCGCUUUUCUCUCUGCCAUCAUCGUCAAUCCUCUCGAUGUAGCCAAGACAAGGUUGCAAGCGCAGGCUGCUGGAGUUCCAUACCAGACAUGCUUUGAAACUAACAUGUUGUUUCCAGAAUUGAAAAGUUCUCAAUCAUGUGCACGUUCAGUUCUUGGCUCUGAACCAGUAUGUCCCCCUGAAUGUAGUCGGUACAAAGGGACACUCGAUGUUUUUCACAAAGUCAUUCGACAGGAAGGAUUUGCCAGACUGUGGAGAGGAACUAAUGCAAGCUUAGCAUUGGCUGUGCCAACUGUUGGCAUCUACAUGCCUUGUUAUGACAUUUUCCGCAAUUCUAUCGAAGAAUUCACAACUAAUAAUGCUCCAACCUUGACCCCAUAUGUCCCAUUAGUUGCAGGCAUAUUUGCACGUUCUUUAGCUUGUGUAACUUGUUAUCCUGUUGAACUGGCAAGGACCCGCAUGCAGGCAUUUAAAGAAACUCAAAGUGGUGUGAAGCCUCCAGGAGUAUGGAAGACAUUGGUUGGAGUCAUCAACCCAGUGAUGAGCACAAACUACAUUCAGAACUUACAAAGCUACCGCAUUUUAUGGACUGGCCUUAGCGCACAACUUGCUCGUGAUGUUCCUUUCUCUGGAAUUUGUUGGUCAACACUUGAGCCGAUAAGGAGAAAAUUGCUUGUUUUGAUGGGUGAUGAAGCUGGUGUAGGUAGAAUCCUUGGGGCUAAUUUCACUGCUGGUUUUGUGGCAGGCAGCAUUGCAGCUGCUGUUACCUGUCCAUUAGAUGUUGCCAAGACCCGGAGCCAGAUAGAGAAAGAUCCCACCAAGGCAUUAAAGAUGACUACAAGACAAACUUUGCUGGAAAUUUGGAGGGAUGGAGGGAUGAAGGGACUGUUCACCGGGCUUGGUCCUCGUGUUGGCCGUGCUGGUCCUUCUGUGGGGAUCGUUGUUUCCUUUUAUGAAGUUGUCAAGUACGCUUUGCAUUACAGACACGAAGAUUUUGAGUGAAACUUGGAUUCGUGCCAGCUAUUGUUGAUUUGAUGUUCCAAGUAUAGUCGCCUGACUCGACGAUGUAGAGAGAGGAAGAAUAACGCACACGUGUGGUCCUCCAACCAAAAAUCUAUCAUGUUGCUCAAAAAGACUCUCAAGAGGCAACAUUUCGACAAUAAUUCCAGGACCUGGAAACGCCAGGCUGUAUCACUCCAAUUCUUUUCUCAUAAUGGAAGCCCGAUUCAUCGUUGCAAGUUGCAAGUUGCAACACAAAGCCUCUUUGUAGGGGAAUAUUUGCAAUCUUUUUGCAAGUAAAGUUUAUUUCGAUGGCAAC